CUUGAUCAUUGUGCUGGCACAGGGCCCUUUCGACAAGUCCGGCCAAGAGAAUCAACCCCUUGCGUUCCUUGGACCUGCCCCUCUACCGGGGUCUAUUGUUUCUAUCCCUAGUUGCUGUGCACCAUGUUCGCCGCAAAGCCCCCCGGCACGUCGACCGGCCUGUCCAUCAACACGGGAUCCUCCAAUUCUCUAUUUGGCGCCGGCACAAACACACAAACCAGCUCUGCAGCUACACCAGCUGCGACAACCACUUCCGGCGGUCUUUUCGGCAACCUCGGGAAUACUGCGGCUCAAUCAAAACCGGCUGGUGGAUUGUUCGCAAAUUUGGGUGGCGCGGCUACACAGCAGUCUCAGCCUUCCGGGUCAAAUAUGUUUGCGGGCUUGGGUGGACAGCAGCAGAGCAAUACGACCGGUGGGGGCUUAUUCGGUGGCUCGGCGGCGACAACCUCACAGCCGCAGUCGGGCGGUCUGUUUUCGGGGACCGGUGCCACCACAACCACCACACAGGCCAGUAACACCGGCGGAGGCCUGUUUGGCAAUCUAGGAGGCACUACUGCUACUCAAACGCAGUCCAAGCCGCUUUUCAGUGGCCUGGGAGGCUCCACUGCUACGGGGGGGGGCUUGCUUGGCGGCGCGAAUCAGCCCAACGCACAACAGCAGCAAGCUCAAAAGCCCUCCCUAUCCCUUUUUGGAAAUCAGAAUACCACCGUGCAACAACCGACACAACCUGCUGCAACCACUGUCAUCCCCGGGGUCAAAGUCGACGUGAGCAACAUUCUGCCGACUACAAAAUACGAAAGCUGCGCCGAUGAGAUCAAAGCAGAGCUGGAGAGGUUCGACAACUUCGUCCUCAAUCAAAUUAAGAUCUGCAACGAGGUUGCCAACAUGAUUCCUACCAUCGCAAGCCAGGGCGAGACCAUUCCGAAUGACGUCGAUUUCGUCCAAGGCAAGCUGGAAACCAUGCAGCAUGCGCUCGAAAAUGAUGCCAGCGAUAUUGAUCAGCUGCGCAGCCUCGUUUCCCGCGACGCAGCCGAAGCCCAAGUAGCGUUCCGCGCCAUCGACACCUUGAAAUUGCCCCUACAGUACCAAUCUACCGGCGCCGCUGGGUGGUGGUCCUCCCAGGACCAGAAGGUAUCGGACGGACAGACCUUACGGUCGGCGCGCAAAAAUACUCUCGCCCUCCCCGAUGACGUUGAGAGCGACCCAGCCACCGCCAGGUUCGUCAACGGGGUGCCUGUCAAUCUGGUGGACUACUUUUCUCAGCGCUCCGACGAAAUGGGAGCGGUCUUGGGACGGUACACGCACAACUUGAAGGAGAUUGAAGACCACCUCCACGGCGUGGAGAGCACUUUGGAACGACAGAUCCAUGACUUUGUCACCGCUCGGAACCGGGAUGGCGCGGCAUCCGGAACCCCGAAGUCCAUCGUCAACGAUCUUGCCAUCGUUUUGGGCGACGUCGAAGCUGGCAUUCUGGGCGUUGCUAGCCGUCUUGGUGGAGUUACCGAGCAGGUGCAGGAAGUAGUUAUGGGCCCGCCCUCGGCCGCCGACGGUAGGCAUAAUUUCUAAGGAGCGGACGGGGGGGAACCAGCGGAUUGGUUGCUUCUUCUUGUUCUGUUUCUUUUAAUGUACAUUAUGAUGGUGUCUUUGUGAUUUGCGCCGAGCAAGGAAUGAUGGAUCGUGGUUACUGGUUGAGCAUUGCUUAGGUCAGGCGUUCUGCGUUUAAUGAAGCAUCAAGGGCACUACUACUGGUCCUGUAGUCUAGAAUCUACAUUGGGUGGAACCACUGGGAUCCCCAAUCCCGGGAUAGAUUAAUGCAUGAAUGGUUUAC